AUGCCCCCUCCAACCCCAAUCCCAAUCCCCCUCUUUGCCUCAACCCAACUCAACCUCCUCCACGAAGAACACGCCGCCGAAGUCUCCUCCUCAAAACUCGCCAGCACAGCCGCAACAGUCUCCCCCUCCACCCGCCGGACCCUCCAAGCAACCGGCUACGCCCUAACAGGCCUCAUCCUCUCCCAAUGUCGAACCGGCCUCGGCGGACGCGUCGUGGGCGAGUUCGCCCCGGAUCCAGCAGUCGCGUCAGAAGAGUCUCGGGCCGCUGAUGGGACGCCUCGUCUUGGGUCGCAUGGGAUUCGCGUCGGGGAUGUUGUGCGUGUUAGUGACGUUGCGGGUGCGGGGAAGAAGGUCGGGAAGGAUAAAGAUAAGGAGAAAGAGAGAGAUUCGGAGAAGGGGGUUGAGGGCGUUGUUACGCGUACUGGUGAUCGCGCUGUGUGGAUUGCGUUUGGGCGGCAUGGUGGAGGGGUGGCUAAAGAGGAUGAUGAGGCUGUUGAGGAGCUUUGGGGGAAGAAGGUGUGGGCUAUUAAGCUUGCUAAUGAUGUUACGUAUAGAAGGAUGAGGCAGACUAUGGAGAAGAUGGUUAAGAUGACGGAGUCCGAUUAUUCGCAUUUUAUGCGUGUUGCGUUUGGACAUACAACGCCACUACAGCUGGAUACUGAGGCGUGUGGACCUGUGGAGUUUACCGAUCCUACCCUCAAUGAUUCGCAGAAGGAGGCUAUUCAGUUCGCGCUGGCUUCGCGGGAUAUUGCUUUGAUUCAUGGUCCGCCUGGGACGGGAAAGACACAUACGCUCAUUGAAUUGAUUUUGCAAUUGGUUCAGCGGAAAAAGCGCAUUCUCGUCUGUGGACCGUCGAAUGUUUCUGUUGAUAAUAUCGUGGAACGUCUGGCUCCCAAGAAAGUACCUGUUGUGCGCAUCGGGCAUCCGGCUCGUCUGCUUCCUUCUGUUCUUGAGCAUUCCCUUGAAGUUCUUACGCAGACCUCUGAUGCUGGGGGUAUUGUGAAGGAUAUUCGGAAAGAGAUUGACGAGAAACAGGCUAGUAUUCGCAAGACCCGGUCUGGUCGCGAACGACGAGCGCGAGUCUAA